AUGUCGACGUACAAGCUAUACUAUUUUAAUGGACGCAGUCGCGCUGAAGUCUUUAGUUUAAUAUUUGCUGCUGCUGGUAAAAAAUAUGAAGAUAUUCGUUAUGAACAGAAAUUACCACAAUCAAUAUCAAUAGCUCGUUUUCUUGCUAAACAAUUUCAAUUAGCUGGUAAAGAUAAUCUUGAACAAGCCAAAGUCGAUGCUGUGGCUGAUACAAUUAAUGAUCUUAGGACGGGAUAUGUAUCAGCACGUUGGGAACCAGAUGAAACGAAAAGAGACCAACUCUUAAAAAGAUUUGUAGUUGAUAACUUACCGAAACACUUACAAAACCUUGAAGUAUUAGGUAAAUUAUAUGGUAAUGGUGGCUCAUUCUUUGUUAGUAAUCAUUUAACAUGGGUUGAUUUAUUAUUUUUUGGUAUUGGAAAAACUCUUCUUGGAAUAGAUGAAAAUAUUUUAAAUAGUUAUCAAUGGUUAAAACAAAAUAUCCAAGAAGUUGCAAAACAACCAAAAGUUCCAGAAUACCUCAAAACUCGACCAAAAACAGAAUUUUAA